CCGAAAUUAUUGGAUCGUAUUGGCUUCCGACUUGAACUUGCCUCGUGCGGUUAGUCAACUUUCGUAUGCCUUUCGCAGCCAACACAAAUCGUGCUGGCGGCAAGCAUGGCUACCGAAGCUGGAAUGGAAGCUGUGGCUUGCGACGAGAAUUUAGACGAGGAUGGCAAAGAUAGCCCAAGUACCCCAAUUGAGGCAGUUCCUGCGACCAGUUCGACGGCAGACGACUACGCCUAUCGGUCUCCAAGUGGUGCAGAUGUCUUCAAGUGGCACCAAGGUCGCAUCCAUGACAACCAAGUCAAAGUUUGGACGGGCACAAAGCGACUGGAGCGGGAUGGUUCCACGGAGGAGACCGAGCUGGUGGAAUCUCUGCGGAAGAGUAGAGCCGACACUCUGGGCCGCGUCGGGUCGCUCAGACCCAUCGAUGUCUUACAAGCCCUGUGGGACGACCAGGAGAAGAGAGUCGUCGUGACCAAGCACAAGGUGUGCCACAAGGUAGGUGGUGACCAGACAGCCAAGCAGAACAAGAGGCAAGAAGUGAACAAGUUGUCAACUAAAUAUUGA